AUGGAUCAACCAAGAAGGCAUCUUAAAAAGCUGAAAAAAAGACGUUCAAGUCUAUUUGCAAGUGUCAAACUUAAUGCCAGCUUUUCACAGAGUAUAGAGGAAGAAGAGAGUGCCUUUCCUUUUUCACAAGACAGCUCUGUGAAACCUUGGACGUCAAUGGACAACCUUGAUACUCCAUCACCUCAGGCAAGUGACAAAAGAGAUCAAGAAAAGAGGAAAGGCAGUGAUGCUGAAGCAGCAAAGAUGCCACACCGCCAUUCAACUGUGAUCAAUGUUAAUGUAGGUGGGAAAGUCUUUACUAUUCCCAAGCACCUGGCUAUCAGAUACCCUAAAACAAGAAUAGGCAGCUUAGCCCUGUGUAAGGAUCCCGUCAAGCAGCUAACGCUCUGCGAUGACUAUUGUGUGAUCACUAAUGAGUUUUUCUUUGACCGAGAUCCUACUUUCUUCCACUACAUCUUCCACUUUUACUGUAGCAAUGUAUUAUGGGUAAUGGAGAGUCUUUGCCCUGUCAAUUUUGAGGAGGAAAUGCAGUUUUGGGGCCUGCACUUGAGGGACACUCCCCGGUGUUGCCGCAUUCUCUAUGAGGAGAAAAUAGAUGAAAUAAGAGACCAGCUGAAAGUGAACAGAGAGCUAAUGGCGGAAAUUGAGCCUCAGCACAAUGAGGCGGGUUUCAAGACAAUGUUUUUGGGUGGUGUUCGUAAGGUGCUAUGGGACCUGAUGGAGAACCCAUACUCCUCGAUGGCUGCUAAGGCUUUUGCUGUGUUCUCCAGCCUCUUUGUGCUCAUCUCCAUCGUAGCGAUGACUCUAAAUACUGUAAACGAACUGAAAGAUUAUAAAAUCUAUGGAAGAACCUAUAUGGAGUGUGUGGAGAUCACCUCAAUUCUCUUCUUCACUUUUGAGUACUUCCUUCGCUUGCUGACAACUUGUGACGUCAAGCAUUUUUUGAAGAGUGCACUUAAUUUAGUAGACUUAGUGGCUGUCAUGCCUUACUUUAUCCAGCUGAUAUUUGAGGCUUUUGCUGACCAGGAAGAUCUCAGCGUCCAAGAUGACCUGAAAACCAUGGCGAGGGUUAGCAAAGUUAGCAAAGUGCUUAAAGUUGUCAAACUCAUGCGAAUCUUUCGCAUUCUGAAACUGGCGAGGCACUCGACAGGGAUGCGGGCGUUUGGCUUCACUCUUCGCCAGUGUUUUGAACAGGUCUGCUGUCUGUUUCUGUUUAUUAUCAUGGGGAUCUUCACCUUCUCUGCCCUAAUGCACUCAGUGGAGCAGGAUGUUGUAGGAACACCUUUUAGCAGUAUACCCGAUGCUUGGUGGUGGGCAGCGGUGAGCAUCUCUACUGUGGGCUAUGGAGAUGUGGUGCCCAUAUCGUACUCUGGUCGAGUGGUGGCCUUCGGGUGCAUAUCUUUCGGCAUUAUUUUGAACGGAAUGCCAAUCUCCAUCCUAUUUAACAAAUUUUCUGACUAUUAUGCCAAGCUGAAGGCCCAGGAGUGCACUAACACAAAAGUCCAGCAUGGACUGAACCUCAAGAAAAGAUUGCGAAGGAAAUUCGAGAACUGCUUUGAGCCUCUAGCUGAGGAGUCUGAUGAGGACAAUAGACAUCACACCGGCCAGUGUCAUCACUGAAUGUCCUUGUCAUCCACCCUGCCUUCACUGCCCUUGAACAGACAGCUCAGGUCCCCAGCCUGCCUUGAAUUAAA